CGAACCGUGCGGGGAGCAGCGCCCGCUGCUCGGGAGGAGCUGCAGCGGGGGGUCCGCAGGGCAGCGCUACCCCCGCACCCCGAGCCGGGAUAGACUCGAGGAGCGAAAUUCCUUGGAGAUGACUUGUAAUAAAAACUAACGAGUUUGCAAAGUGAAUAGCGGUCCUGCCAGCAAAUCUUUGGGAGACAGCAGAAGAGCUUAAUCAGGAAAUCUACAGGCAAAGGCUUUAAAUACUCUAAAUUACCUGGGGUCGUUAAAACAGUGGGCGUAGAGCUCACUGUGUGUCUGCUAUUAGGGCCAGAUUUCUUCUGAUGGCCAGUACCAGAUAGCACCAAUGUCCGAAGAGCAAAUGCACAUAUAUAAAAAUAGGGAAACUAAGGCCUUAAACACAAAUUGCAUUAGAGAGGCAUAUUAUGAGUUUUCAGAAUGACUUCCUUGGCUGACAUGCCCCCGAAUUAUGAAACAAUGUUUGCUCAUCGAUUCACAUCAGAAGAUAAAGAAUACCAAGAAUACCUGAAACGUCCUGCAGACCCCCCUCCCAUAGUUGAAGAAUGGAGAAACAGAUCUGGUGGCAACCAGAGAAACAGAGAUCGGUUUCAAGAUGGCAGAUAUUUCAGAGGGGACAGGUACAACUGGCAAGGUGACUACAGAUCUAAUCAGAGGCCAGAAAGAGGUUGGGGUAAUAACUACCAGCAGCACAGACAAGGACAAUACGGCUCAUCCCACUACGGACAAUACGGCUACAACUCCUACAACCCAGGACCUCGUUACCAUCCCUACUGAUGUACCUGGGGAUUGAAAGUCCAGUAAUGCUAUGUAAUAAAUUCAGUUAGCUUUCAGUUUUUUUAUUUUUCCACAGUUUUACAGAUAACUGAAGAAUCAGUCCGUUGCUGUUUCUCUGUAGUGUGAAAUGAAAAAGGGAAUGCCUGUUACAAAUAAUAAAAGCGUAUUAUACAGAGUUUGUUUAGAGUCUGUAGAUUUUAGAUUAAAUUUCUAUCUCGUCCUUUUGUCUGAAUAUGUACUAGUACACACCUUUUGUUCCACCACUGAGAUU